AUGCCUCAAGGGGUUGUUUCACAAUACUCCCUCUUCUGGAACUCAACACCUCCAACGUUGAGUGUCUUCAUGCAACCGAUAUUCCUUGGAGGUAAUAAGCUAGCAGCCGUAUCCCAAUUAAGCACAAGUUCAGGUUCGAAAAGUACAAGCACAUUCGAAACGACAUUGACGGCAUCCACGAACGGGGUCGACCAUCGCACUGUACCAACCGCAUCGAGAAAUGUGCAGAUCGGUGUCGCUGUGGGCGGUUCCCUUGGCGUUGCACUGCUUCUCUGCCUGGGCUUCUUCUUGUUGAGGCGGUACCGCAGAAAGCGACAGGUCAAAACAGCACAAGGCGACGUGCCUGCAAACUCUCGCGACUAUCAUGACAAAGCAGAGCUCGCGGGCUAUACGGGACGUCCAGUUUACGUAACCAAGGCAGAGUUGGACUCCUCGGCAGCCCGCUCCGAGCUCGACGGGACUCCCAAAAACCACUGCGGAGCCGGCAUCUACGUACAGAAGCCAGAACUUGUGGGAACAUCCGGGGUACCCGGGCUAUCUGGAGUAUACGUCAAAAAGUCCGAGUUGGAGAAUACCCAAGCCGGCACCAAGUCCCGUAUCGAUGCUGUUGAGCUCAUGGCGUCGUUACCGACGGCAACAGCAACGGAUACCUGCACUCUGUCCUCCCCUGAAUCGUCCAGGGCCCUAUCGCCUCGGGCGCAAACUGUUUCGCCGCUCUCUAUUUCAGUGGCCCCAGCUCGAGGGCAGUAA